CACAAGAUAGAGAAGGACGGCGGUGUCGGUGAGACCGAUGAACUCUUUCUCCCGACCGUCAACUCUUCCCUUCUUCUGAAGGAUAGCGAAACUAGCGCUUCCCCGUUUGUGCUUGGUAUUCUCGACCAUAUGCUUACGUUGCCGUGGCAUAGCCUCGGUGAGUGGUUUCGGCAAUCGAAUGCGUCGACCGCAUUUGAAAUAGCUCACGGAGAUCACAUCUGGGGAGUAGCCAAAAGAAAUGCGAGUUUCAACGAUUCUUUUAAUGAGGCGAUGGUGAGUGACACGAGUCUGGUGGGCAAAGUUUUCGCGAGCGCAUGCAUGGACAGGUUCUCCGGGUUGCGGUCGGUGGUGGACGUCGCAGGCGGCACAGGCACGUUGGCGCGAGCAAUUGCUAAAGCCCUUCCGCAGGUGCAGUUCACAGUUUUUGACCUUCCGCAUGUAGUUGAAGGCUUAACGAGUGAAGAAAAUGGGAGGAUUGUUUUCGUAUCUGGAGAUAUGUUUGAGUACGUCCCUCCCGCAGAUGCUAUCCUACUCACGUGGACCUUACACGAUUGGAGUGACGAGGACUGCGUGAAGAUAUUAAAACGUUGUAAGGAUGCUGUUCCUCCAAAAGAAAAGGGAGGUAAAGUUAUUAUCAUUGACAUGGUGAUGACCAGUAGGGAGAGUGAGCAUUUCAAGUCCGAGGAAACACAACUUUUCUUUGAUAUGCUGUUGAUGGUUCUAACUUCAGGAAAAGAGAGAAAUGAAAAAGAAUGGAGCAAAAUAUUUACUGAUGCAGGUUACAAGGAAUAUAAAAUAGUGAAUGCAUUAGGCUUGCGGUCUGUCAUUGAGGUUUACUAUUGAUCCUCAAAUUCUCUAUUAUGAGAACUACUACCACAAAUAAAGAUGUCUAUUUAUCAAAAUGUAAUUGAUGGGUCAAUUUUAAUUGUGACAACUCAUUAGUGGUUGACUUGCUAGAUUUAGUGCUCAAUUGAUACGUAUCACAAUUAAACUCUGACUCAUUAAUAUUAUAAUAAUAAAGUGUGUUGCCCAAGCAAAUCUAUGAGAAAAUAAAAGCUCAUAAAUAAGAGCUUCUUUUAUG